AUGAUAAUUGAUCAAGGUGACAAAGAAGUUCAAAACACAUCAUUGAACAAAUAUGCUUUGGCUUGUGCCCUUGUUGCUUCAAUGGUUUCCAUUGUCUCUGGCUAUGAUACCGGUGUUAUGAGUGGAGCAAUGAUUUUCAUAAAAGAGGAUUUGGGAAUCAGUGACACACAACAAGAAAUUCUAGCAGGAAUCUUAAAUCUUAUUGAUGUUGGCUUCUUUGUCUGUUUCAAUUCCUUUCUGUCAUUGUUAACUGUGAUGCCAACAAGGGUGGUAAUGAUCGUUUGGAAGCUUCUGAAAACAAGGAAGUUCAAGAGGCUGUCUCCAGUUGAAUUGUCGGAUUUUGGCUAUUUUAUUAUUAUGGCUUGUGGAAUCACUGUUUUGCAGCAAAUAGAUAUCAGCUUCAUAUAUCAUAUAAUCCGUGGUCAAGCAACAAUCAAACUGUAUGUGUCUCACCAUAAGGAGUUCAACUGCUCAGAUCCAGUAGAGGCAUCAUAG